UGUGGUUAGCUUUCAUCUCCGAGUGAUAGGACGUGUUAAACUCCCGCUUUCUGUGAGUCUUUGAAUGUGAUUGGGAACGUGGCUGCUCCAUUGGGCUAUGAAGAGGUCGCCGACCCGAGCUAUUCGAGGCCCCAGGUGUGAAGAGUGCGCUUCCAAUGGGCUGAUGGCCAAGGAGUUGGUCCUGACGCGAGGUCCCAGUCAAGACCAGGUUGAGCUGAUGGAUGAACUCUGGUGCAUGCAGGGCGCCUGGUACCGGAUAGAUGGCUCCAAGAUGGGCGAUGUCAUCGACAGCAACUUCCUUUGGGAUGCCAGGGUCAAGUCCAAAGAAGAGAUGUCGCCGCUGAGACUUGAGAAACACCUCCUGGUGAUGUUCGUCGAUGGUCAACAGCACACCGCAGUGAUCCAUCUGCAUGCCCAGCCAACUCUGAGGUGGUCUGACGGCGAUGUGUGGCUGCUGAAAUGAAUGCGUUGGCCGCGCACCACUGUCUCACCUUUCUUGACUCUUCAGUACAUAGCAUGACUGAAUCGUGCCUGAACCGAUCACGUGCAAGAGUCCUUCAAAA